UUCCUGAUCUUAUGAUUUUUCUCCUACCAAGUAUGUUCCGAACAUGAGUAUUGAACAGUGCUAACAGAUUAUAGCCUUGAUUUCCGACCUCCACAGCAAAGACACGUUAAUCGAACUGUGCGAAGCGAAUGUUCAUGAUUGGGGAAAGUCUAUGAUCAAGAUCCAAUUGACGCCAGGAUGGGGCUUGCCCUGGCUUGAAGUUGACGUCUAUGAAUUCAAGCCGAGUAAUCCAGAAUUGUUACGGCAAUUCCAACACCUCAAGGACGCAAAAACGGGCCAAAACAUGCGUGUAGAAAAGGCUUCGCCUCCACUUGGGCUACAGAACAUUGAUUAUAUCGAGGAUGUGACCAAAUAUGACACUCAUGUCAAACAGAUCGCUACUCAUUUCAUGCCCAUCUUUGUCGGUCGUUACUAUGCGGGUGAAAAGGAAGAAUUCGCGAAACAGAUGUUCGAGUGUCUAGUCAACAUCGACCCUGCUCAGGGAACCGAACAGAAAUUACUGACGGAGGUUUACUAUCUCAUAAUGACCACCUAUAUUGUUUCACACACUUUGACCAUACCUGAAGAACACAAAGUUGAAAUCCUCUCAAAGCUAUCAAACUAUGGACCAGAUGACUACGGCGACAAGACUUCGCCGCGUCUGGCGAACCGACAAAUCAAACAUUUCUACGCACGAUUACAGAGAGAAAUGAUGAAGAUGCUACUAGGACGUUUGCAAAACAUGCUGGAGGGUAGUAGAGGCUACGAUGAAUGGACCGAUGCGUUCAUUAUAGUUCUUGGUUUAGCCAUUGCUACCGAAGGCAUCCUGAAGAAUGUUAACAGUAUUCUGGAUAGUAGAGUGGGCCAAGGAGAUUGUGAGAUGAGCUUCGCAGAGGAAAGCGCAAAUGAAGCUGUCCGAAGAAUUGACGGAUGCUUCGACAUUAUCAUAGAGCUCUUCCAAAAGAAGUAUGCUCGCAGCUGUAAUCCGAUCAAAGAUUGUAAAAAUGACUGGAGCGCGAAGAUCACUCAACCGGGAAUGAUCACAUGCCUCCAGAAACUAAGUUCGCUCAUCCAAGACAAAAGGAAUUUUCUUGAAGAGCGGACACGCGUGGCCGUUUCCAUGCACAACUGGCGACAAUACACAAGCCGCAUUACAGCAAGAUUUUUGCUGUCUUUUCUAUAAUUCGAAGAUUACAUAAUAAGACUCCACCGCUCAUGACGAGGA